AUGACAGAUAGUUAUAUCACUACGUUGAGUCAAGUAAUCAGUAAAAUCACAUUAUACGUACCAUAUUUUACUAUUACAUUAGGAACGAUAGGUGCUCUAUGUAAUAUUCUGACGUUUUCAGCAAAAAAAUUACGACAAAAUCCAUGCGCUUUUUAUUUUCUAUGUUCAUCUGUCUUUGAUAUUUUGACAUUAUCAAUUUGUGGUACAUUGAGAUUAAUGGUUGAUCAUUAUCAAUAUGCAUUAAAUCAAACUGCGAUCUUUUGUAAAAUACGUGUUUAUUUAACUGGUGUUUUUCCUGGAAUAUCUACGGCAUGUCUAGUCCUCGCAACAAUUGAUCGUUGUUGGUUAACAUCAAGUCUGGCCCGAUGGCGUCGAUGGAGUAAAAUUACAAUAGCUUAUCGUCUUGUAAUUGUAGCAAUCAUUGUAUGGUUAAUUUCACUUGCUCAUAUGCUUGUCUUUUAUGAUUUCUAUACGAUUAAUGGAGUUCCAAAUACAUGUUCUUCUCAACCAGGUGUUUAUUCAACAUUUAUUAGUGGUUUUCUUGUUAUUUGGCUUACAAUUAUACCUUAUAUAUGUAUGUUUAUUGCCAGUAUGAUGACGUUUAGUCAUAUUAGAGCAUCAAGAGAACGAGUUAUGGCUUUUCAACAGCAGCAACAACAACAACAACAGCAAGAAGCUCAUCGACGAGUUGAUCGUCAUCUAAUACUUAUAAUGUUUAUUCAAGUUAUUCUAAGUGUAAUACUUCUUUCGCUACGUACUGUUGUAAUAGCAUAUACGUAUCUUACAAGAGAUGUAGUAAAAGAUAGUAGAUCACGUGCUAUUGAAUCAUUUUUUUCUCAAUUUGGUACUGUUGUUUAUUAUAUUAAUUAUGCUAAAUCAUUUUAUCUAUGUACACUUGCAAGUCCACUCUUUCGUCAAGUAUUUUGGAAUCAAUUAAAUCAAUUUAAAAAUUAUAUAACUCAUUCAACGAGAGAAAAUGCAGUAGUUCCAAUAUCAAUUACUGCUGCAACAAAAAAACGUUCAAAUCAGGAUGUAUUGAAUGAUUAA